AUGAGUGGCCCCAUGUACACGUUUGUGAGCAGAGACGACAAUAGCACAGUUUAUGCAGAAGUUUCUAAGCUCUUGGUCGCCACUGGACACUGGAAGAGGCUGAAAAAGGACAAUCCCAGGUUCAACUUGAUGCUCGGGGAGAGAAACCGGCUGCCAUUUGGAAGAUUGGGUCAUGAGCCUGGUCUGGUGCAGCUGGUGAACUACUACCGAGGCGCGGACAAACUCUGCAGAAAGGCCUGUCUGGUCAAGUUGAUAAAGACCAGUCCAGAGCUGCGAGACUCCUGCAGCUGGUUCCCGGAGUCGUUUGUUAUUUACCCCACCAACCUCAACACUCCAGUGGCCCCCGCCUCCAACGGCAUCAGCCACCUCCGGAGCAACCCCAAGACCGACGAGCGCGAGGUCUUCCUGGCCUCGUACCACAACAGGAAGGAGAGCGGGGACGGCGCCGUGUGGAUCGCCAAGUCCUCUGCUGGCGCUAAAGGAGCUGGAAUCCUGAUUUCCCAUGAUGCCGCGGAGCUGUUGGAGUACAUAGAUAAUCAGGGGCAGGUUCACGUCAUUCAGAAAUACCUGGAGAAACCUCUGCUGCUGCAGCCAGGGAACCGCAAGUUCGACAUCAGGAGCUGGGUGCUGGUGGACCAUCAGUACAACAUCUACCUGUACAGAGAGGGCGUGCUGCGGACCUCCUCGGAGCCCUACAACAGCGAGGACCUGGGGGACAUGACCAGCCACCUCACCAACCACUGCAUCCAGAAGGAGAUGUCCCAGAACUACGGCCGCUACGAGGACGGCAACGAGAUGUUCUUCCACGACUUCAGACUCUACCUGCUCAAGAGCCACGGCGUCACGCUGGAGAGCACCAUCCUACCUCAGAUCAAACACAUCAUCAAGUUAGUACGCUACAAAAGUAACAACACUUUAGAUUAG